GCCCGUAUCCCUAGACUUCUUACAUACCAUAUCUCGCCGCAAUGGACAAAGCCGAUCUUGAGACAUACCAAGUGCAGCUCUCGCAAGUCGAGCUCGCCCUCUCCGCAGAUCCCGACAACAGCGAACUCAUCUCCCUCCGCUCAGAGCUCAAGGAGCUCAUCGAGCUCACGCAGGCCGCGCUCGCCCAGCACGAAGCCACCGCCUCCUCGUCUAAACCCUCCGAAGCGUCGAAGAAGGCCCAUGCCGCUGCCGCUGCCGCCGCUUCGGGCGCGUCCUCGUCGAAAGCGUGGGCAGCGGGGGACGAGUGCCUCGCGAAGUACUCAGGGGACGGCCAGUGGUACCCCGCGCGCAUCGCGUCGGUGGGCGGGUCCGCGGACAAUAGGCAGUACUCGGUCGUGUUCAAGGUGUACAACAACACGGAGCUCGUGAGCGCGAGCCAGAUCAAGCCCCUGCCCGGGAACUACACCGCGAGCGCGUCGAUGGGCGCCGCGAGCGCGGGGAGCAAGCGGAAGCUGGCGAAGGUCGAGGACGAGGAGAAGGAGAAGAAGAAGAAGAAGAACGAGAAGAAGCUGGAGGUGCGCGCGGCGAAAGCGAAGGAGCAGCAGGAGAAGCAGAUGUCCUGGCAAAAGUUUGCGAAGAAGUCGGAGAAGAAGGGCAUCCACAUAGCGGGCGUUGCGGGGAGCAGCAUCUUCAAGACACCAGAUAACCCCCUCGGGAGAGUUGGAGUUACAGGCAGUGGGAAGGGAAUGACGGGGGUCGCACCUCGAAUCAAACACAAGUUCGAGGUGGUUGACGACCCAAAUGCAUGAACACUUAGACCAUCGAUUGUACUGUAUAUGCUGCUUUGUUGUGCGCACUAGCUCCCUCAUUUAACCCCUCAU